CCAGCGGUGGGAGGGGGAAGGAAGGCGGAGUGAACCAUGCGAGGUUCUGAGCUCCCCCGUGAGCGUCGCCUCGAGAGACCGUUUUUGAGUAGGAACCCCGAAAUCCCCACUACUCCCUUUCCUUGGAGGAUUUGAUGCCCCAUGGCCGCUGCUAACAGCAUCAUUGUGCUGGACGAUGAUGAUGAAGAUGAGGCGGCUGCUCAGCCUGGGCCCUCCGCCCACGCUGCCUCCAACCUGGCCGCACCCCGGGCCGAAGCCCCUGGCUCCUCUGAGCCCCCUGGAGCUGGAGGGAGCUCUACUUCCAGUGGCAAGAAAUGCUACAAGUUGGAGAACGAGAAGCUCUUUGAAGAGUUCCUUGAACUGUGUAAGAGGCAGACAGCGGACCACCCUGAGGUGGUCCCAUUCCUUUCAAAGCUGCAACAGCGUGCCCACCCCCUGUUUUUGGCCUCCGCGGAGUUCUGCAACAUCCUCUCCCGGGUCCUGUCUCGGGCCCGCAGCCGGCCAUCGAAGCUCUACGUGUACAUCAAUGAGCUCUGUACUGUUCUCAAGGCCCACUCGGCCAAGAAGAAGCUGAAUCUGGCCCCUGCAGCUACUGCGGCCUGUGAGCCCUCCGGGAGUCACCCGCCCUCAGAUCCCUCCUCCGAUCUCGUCAGUGCUGAAGCCACUGCCUCUGAGGCUUCAAGGACCCGUGGGUCCCAGCGACAGAUUCAGCGCUUGGAGCAGCUGCUGGCGCUCUACGUGGCAGAAAUACGCAGGCUGCAGGAGAAGGAGUUGGAUCUCUCAGAGUUGGACGACCCAGACUCUACAUAUCUGCAGGAGGCCCGGUUGAAGCGGAAGCUGAUCCGCCUGUUUGGGCGUCUGUGUGAGCUCAAGGAAUGCUCUUCAUUGACUGGCCGCGUCAUAGAGCAGCGCAUCCCCUACCAAGGCACCCGCUACCCGGAAGUGAACAGGCGCAUUGAGCGGCUCAUCAACAAGCCAGGGCCUGAUACCUUCCCUGACUAUGGAGAUGUGCUGCGGGCCAUAGAAAAGGCUGCUGAACGCCACAGUCUCGGCCUUUCCCGACAGCAGCUGCAGCUCAUGGCUCAGGAUGCCUUUCGAGAUGUGGGCAUCAGGUUACAGGAGCGGCGCCAUCUUGAUCUCAUCUACAACUUUGGCUGCCACCUCACUGAUGACUACAGGCCAGGCAUUGACCCGGCACUGUCAGAUCCUGCCUUAGCCCGGCGCCUACAGGAAAACCGGAGUUUGGCCAUGAGCCGGCUGGAUGAAGUCAUCUCCAAAUAUGCAGUGAUGCAAGACAAAAGUGAGGAGAGGGAGAGACAGAAGAGAAGGGCCCGGGUCUCCCAAGGGACCUCUUCCCACUCUGCAGGCUCCCCCAAAGCCUCCUUGGAUUCUGGUGAGGGCCCCAGUGGAGUGACGUCCCAGGGGUGCCCGAGCACUUCCAAGGCUGAGAUGGAUGAUGAGGAAGAUGAGGAAAGUGAGGAGGAGGAGGAAGAAGAAGAGGAGGAAGCCACGGAUUCUGAAGACAAGGAGGAUCUAGAACAGCUGCAGGAAGGUCAGGGGGACGAGGAAGAGGAUGAGGAGAGUGCAGGUAAGGAUGGAGACAAGAACCCCAAGUCCCCAGCACAGGUUUCCACUGAAAAGAACCAGGAAGCUGUCAAACGAAUCAGCAGGGUUUCGGGGGAGCAGCCAAACAAAAGACUCAUAGCGUCACCAGUGUUGGUGUUGGAAGAACCGCGGGCCCACUCCAGCGUGGAUGCUGAGAGCAGCAGAGAGCAGCUUGAGGAUCUGCCCGUGGAGGAAGACAGCCCUCUGUCUCAGCUCUUUGAGCUGGAGAUAGAAGCCUUGCCCGUGGAUAGCACCCCUUCUCCAGAGGAGAGUGACGUUUCCUCUUCCCGGAAGCAGUCGGAAGAUCCUCUUCCCAUGGUCCUGGAGAAUGGGGCAGCCACAGUCACCUCCACAUCCUUCAAUGGCGGUGUCUCUCCUCACACUUGGAGAGAUUCUAGUCCCCCCUGCAAGAAGUCUCGGAAGGAGGAGCAGCAGACUGGGUCUGGAUGGUCGGGACAGUUAGGAAACAGCAUUUUGGCAGGGCCAAGGCUGGUGCUCGAGAAGGGCGCCAAGAAGACUUGCGCGCCGCCCAGCCCACCGUCCUCCCUGGCUUCGGUGGCCCCAGUUGCUGAUUCUUCUACAAGGGUGGACUCUCCGAGCCACGGGCUGGUGACCAGCUCUCUCUGCAGCCCUGUUCCAGCUCGGAUGUCCCAUGUCCCCCAGUGCCCUCCCCGGCCCAGCACAUACAAGAUGAGUGUGGCCACGCAGUGCGACCCUGAGGAGAUCAUCGUGCUGUCCGACUCCGAUUAGUGGCCUCUUCCGCUUCCCCUCUAGAAUGCAUUUGGGGGGUGGUAGGAAGCCAACAGCUCCGGAACGCACAGACUGAGCUAAUCCCUUCUUGGUGGUGUUUCUUUUAAAAAUCCAGAAACUUAAGUUUUACACAGAAACAUUAAAAACAAUAAAAUUCUUUUCUUGUA